CACAAGGGAGGGUUCCGAAUUUCUGAUUAGCACCAAUGGCGAUAGCUUGUGUACUACAUUUGGACAUGAUUCGCCGUUAGAUUUAUGCAGCCAAUCAAACAAAUUUGAGUUUGUUUUCGUCACCAUUGUCCAGUUAUUCAGACACUAGUCAUAUUAAAUACAUGGAGCAGUUUCAAUCCCAGCAAGGAGCUAUAACAUUGGACACAAAUGUUCAGCAGGCGUUCCAGCAGGUUGGUCAGCCAAUCAUGGUCCAGGGCAUGCCAGGACUUCAGUUCAUCCAGACCGGCCAGUUUGGUGGUCAGAUGCCGCAGCUGCUGCAGCUGGGAGCUGGUCAGCAGAUUGUUCAGACCCCUACUGGUCAGCAGAUCCUUGUCCAGAUGCCUCAGAAUCACCAGACCAUGAGUCUGCCCAACGGUCAGCAGUUGCAGUUUCUGAGCACCCCAGUCUCCACCCCUGCAUUCCAGACUUUCCAACCCCAACAGAUCCUGAUCCAGCAGCCCCUGGGCCAGAUGUUCAGCCAGCCCCAGGUGAUUGGGGCCCAGAACCUGCAGCAGCUCAUGGGUCAGAUUAUACAGCUCCCUGAUGGACAGACAGUUUUCUGUCAGCAGGCCACACCCUCACAGAUACCUGCACUGGCUCAGGUUAGCAGUGAUGGCAAUCUUCAGCAGCAACAACAGCAACAGGUUCAAGCAGUAUCUCAGCACCCACCUCCUCUAGUACAAGUGAAUGGUUCUAUGAAUGGAGAUGGCAGUCAGACCAACACCCAGCAGUCACCACAACUGGUGCAGUUACAAGGGGGACAAAUCAUGGUUGUGGGGGGCAACAUGAGCAACCUGACGAUCCCAGGCUUGCAGCGACUUCAGGCUGGGAACCAGUCCGAGUCUACCGAGGAGGAGCCGCUGUAUGUGAAUGCCAAACAGUACCACCGCAUACUGAAGAGGAGACAGGCCAGGGCUAAACUGGAGUCCACCGGGAAAAUUCCCAGAAUUAGAAAAACCAAAUCUGGUUUACAGAAGUAUUUACACGAGUCUCGACAUCUCCACGCCAUGAAGCGGGUACGAGGGGAGGGGGGCAGGUUCCAUUCCAUCAAGAACGAGCCGUACGAGGGCAUGGAUGGGAAUGUCAUCAAACAGGAGUCUGAGGAGGACUGUGAAGUGUCGAGGCUGAUGUCACGGGGAAUGGAGGAGAGGAAAGUCAUCCCGAUCACCACCGCCCUCAACUCUCACACCCAAAGCAGCACAUACUCCCAUGUCAAUCUCAGGCAUCCACAGAACAGCAAUGGCUGACUAGCUAGGUAACUGCUGGCACUUGGAACUCUAGACUUACAUAACUUACAUAGGUUACUGCUGGAUUAGUAGCCUACCUGUAGGCCCGAGAACACUGGCUGGCAGCUUGUAUUUACUGGCAAUAGAAGCCUUGUAUGGAAUGCAGGCUAUAAAAUGUCGCCUAUGGAUCCUUGUGUGAAUUCCUUGGAUGCACUGGUCUUGAUCAAUAUGCAAUAUUGAUACAUUUAUUAUUAGAUACAAUACAUGUGUUCACAAUCUCUACCAGAAACAGCUUUUCAUGAGUUUUCCAUUAAGUAAAAAAUUAUCAUGUUAUAAUCCCUGUCAUAACAAACAUAUUCAUUCACACACAAAAAAUAUAAAUAAAAACAGAGUGUCAUCUGUUAUAAAUAAAUGUUUAUAAAAGAUGUUAAGUAAAUAAACCAGAUGUCUUUUUGAGAAUGUUCUAUAAGUAUAAGGGAACAAAGUGUGACAGUGUUGUUGAGAAUUCCAUAAUAUGAUUUAUCUCCCUUGUAAAUUGUUUGUUGUAGCACAAUGUGUGAGAGUAAGAAUACUUAACCUGGUAUGAUUUAAAUAUCCAGAUUAAGUUUUGAACUGGAAUUGCGGCCAAAUAAUUAGCUUUUUACCGAUUGUAUUGCUUGUUGGUAGCAGAAAAAGAAACAUUGACUUUAGCUCGACUAUUAUAUAUGAAAUAUAUAUAGUUGAGCUAUCCUACUCACCCCAGCAUCGGCGUGAGCGUCUGCGUUAGCGUUAGUGUCUGCUUUAGCAUGCAAAUGUUAAAGUUUUCGUACUACCCCAAAUAUUUUCUUUGUCCCUUGACAUUUUGAUUUCAUAUUUUGCAUACUUGUUUACCUACAUGACCCCAACCUUUAAACAAGAGCAGACAACUCUAUCAAGCAUUUUGACAGAAUUAUUGCCCCUUUUAUACUUAGAAUAUGCAUAUUAUUGAUAAAUCUAUGUUAAACUUUGCGUACUACCCCAAAUAUUUCCUAUAUCCUUUGACAUAUUGCUUUUAUAUUUUGCAUACUUGUUUACCAACAUGACCCCAACCUAUAAACAAGAGCAGACCACUGUAUCAAGCAUUUUGACAUAAUUAUGGCCCCUUUUACACUUAGAUUAUUGAACAUUUUGCUUAAAUUGCCAUAACUUCUUUAUUUAUUGUCACAUUUUAUUAUUACUUUGACAAAACAAAACUUACCUGAAUACCACAAUGUAUUCCACCCAAACAAAACCCCACCGCCCCUACCCAG